AUGUGGUGUGUUGAGGGGAAAUGUCUGCUGAAAACAAGCCUGCAGAGCAUUUCCCAAAGUGUAUUUUGUGAAAUUAGCACUUACAGUGUUCUCUGCACCAUACCUCCUAUAGAAGAUGGUCAUGAGAAUGGGAAUAGUAGUAAAAUAUUUUCAGUGAAAAAGUUACUUGAAUGUCUGCCGAAAUGUUCAAGUUAA